AUACUGAAGUGAAAGAAAAGAAAGAAAAAAAAACCAGGCGAGGAAAUCAUGACAUGACACUGUCCCCUCCUUGCGACGUACGUCAUGAAGCUCUCCCCUCAUCUAAGUAGAUCUCUCUCUCUCUCUAUUCAUCCCAACUCCCAAAACCGCAACUCCAAUCAUCAUCAUCAUCAUCAUUAUCAUGAGAACAUAAUACAUAAGAAAUAAGAUCUACUCUUUGGCCACGGAAAAAAAAAAAAAGAAAAUAAAUGCCAACUUCUCUCCUCCGCUCCUCUCCUCAUCCCUUCAUCCUCCUCCCCGAUCAUCCCUCCCUCGGCAACAACAACACCACCACCACCACCACCACCUUACGUCCCCCCCUUCGAAACUUCCUCCAUACCACCCUCACAGAAGCCCAGACCCUCCUGGCGUCCGUACCGGGAACCUUCAAACCCAUCCACCGGAAACCGCGCGCCUCUGCCCCAUCCACCGCACCAGUCCAGCUCUUGUCCCGCACGGUGCCGGAAACCGGGGACUUCUGGGUCUGUCGCAAGAGCAUUCACGAGGAUGCAGCGAUUCCCGGUUCCGCAUCGUGGGAGGAGUUCCGCGCCGGACUGAGGGAAACCCACGCCGAGAAUGAGAUGGAUUAUACGCCGAGUGUGACCUCCGUCGAGACAUUGCUGGGUUGGCCCGUUGAGGGGGAGAUAGAGGGGGGUUGGAAGGGGGUUGAGAUGCAUGGUAAGUUAAAUAUCAUCACUCAUACCUUUCAUCCGACCCUCUUGAUUUCCCCGCGCUCCUUUGUGGUUCUCUCCAUCUCGGCGGAUCAGCUUGCUGCUUCUUCUCCUCCCUCCGACAACGGCUUCGUCACCAUCCAGGUUCCGCUUGAUGCAACCUCCCCCGAUUCUAUGCCUCCUGCUCUACGCGAAAAACUCGCCUCGGCCCUACCGCCAUCGACUAUCUUCGCCUCCUACGCCAGUGUAGAACAGGUGAGACUGACCUCGACGGGAAUCGAAUGGGUCAUGGCAACCACCUCCAAUGCAGGCGGCGCCAUCCCCCAAUGGGUGCAACGAAGUUGGACCAUGGGUGGCGUUCCUAAAGCAGUGGUGGCAGAUGUUGGUUUAUUUCUAGCAUGGACGGCACGGCGAAGAUCUCAAAAUCCAUAGACUGAUCGCAUGGUGAUUAUUGAACUAGGUAUCAUGCUAAAGAGAAAACAAAAAAAAAAAAAAA